ACUAGAUACUAGAGUCGCACUCUCACGUCAGAGCAGGUCCUCUGCUUGUAGGAUGAUCGGGCGUCUGAAGUUAAAAGGACAUUUCCGGCACUAUUUCUAAGACAAAUCGAUGGAGGAAGAAUUCAAAACCUUGCCGCUGGAGAACGCAUCAAUCCUGUCCGAGGGCUCCUUGCAAGACGGACACCGGUUAUGGAUCGGUAAUUUGGAUCCUAAGAUUACUGAGUACCAUCUGUUAAACCUACUACAGAAAUUUGGGAAAGUGAAACAAUUUGAUUUCCUAUUCCACAAAUCCGGUCCACUAGAAGGACAGCCCCGGGGAUAUUGCUUUGUGAAUUUUGAGACUAAGGCGGAAGCAGAAAAUGCUAUUCAGUGCCUCAAUGGAAAGCUCGCCCUAUCCAAGAAAUUGGUUGUUAGAUGGGCACAUGCACAAAUUAAGAGAUAUGAUAAUUAUAAAAGUGAAAAAGUAUUACCGAUCAGUCUGGAACCAUCCUCAAGCACAGAACCAACACAAUCCUCACUAAGUGUCAGUGCAAAGAUUAAAGCGAUUGAGGCAAAGCUGAAAAUGAUGGCAGAAAAUCCAGAGGAUGAACUACCUGGACAACCGUCCUACUCCUAUUUCAAGGCGUCUGAGAAGAAAAGGAGCACCCCAUACUCCAGAGCUUCGUGGAAAUCUAAGAGAUGAUAACAUUAUUUCUCUGGAUUUGACGGAGCAGCACAGACUGAGCACAAACAAUGUAUAGAACCUGUAGUAAUAAUUAUAAUACAGACCUCAAGCAAUCUCUUCCUCUCAGACUUGAAUUUUCUGGAAUGGAAAAAUUUUUUUACAAAAUCUCCAAAGUUUUGUUGUUCUCUGUGUUGUGUAUGUGUGUUUUUAGUUUUGUUUUUUUUUGUUUUUUUUUUUUUUGUUUUCAUCUAUUUUACCUGGAUUUUUUUUAUUUUUAUUUUUUUAUCCUCAUUGUAAAUGGCUCAGUUGAUUAUAAAUUACAAGUUGAACUAGUAUGGAAAGAGCAUCUUGAAAUAUUCACAAAUAUAUUUGGAAAUUUUCUUUGCCAUGACAGUGUUUCAUUGUGGUAAUACUUGCUAAGUGCCUAAAGCAAGUUAUUCUGUUCUAAGACGUUUCCAUUCUCAAAAGCUCGUUGCAGUCACUUCCAUAGGAUUAUUGACAGGAAGUCUGAUAUGCAUAAGAAAACAAUUUUCCUCCCUCUCAAAUAUUUCCAGUUCUAAUCAGUGAUGGAUACUUUUUAAUGUGUACAUAUAUAUGUAUUAUUUGUCAGCAACUUAUUUUUCUAUUUUGUGACCCUUUAAAAUUACAACAUUACCUAACUUGUACAAACUUGCAAUGCAAAAACGGCCUGUCUUGUGUUUCUUAAAUGACCUAAAACACUAUAAUUUAUUAUUUGUUAAUGUAAUCUGCAAUUCACUUGGAAAAAAUGUGUUACACUUGGCAGUAGAUUUUAAAUUAAGAUUUAUUUUUGUGGGUUUUUUUCUUCAAGAAUCUUUGGUGAAUAUAUUGUAGUGUUGCAUGUGUUAACAUGGCUUUAUUUUAUCUUGUACGUUGUGCAAAUUUAGUUUUUCUGACAUACAGUAGGAUAAGUUUCGUCAACACUUGCCGAUGCUAACUAUAAAAGCAGCAUAUAAAGUUUACAGAAUAGUGUAAAUCCUAAAAUGUGUCCACUUCAAGUACUGUAUUGUAGAGUUCCCUUGUGCUUUUCUUAGUGAAAUAACAGUAUUGAAUUUUUUGUUAGAUUCUUUGUUGUUUUGUUUUUUUUUGGGGGGGGGGGGAGGGUUUGCUUUUUUAAACAAAGUGUCUUGUGGCUUUAUAUACAAAGUGUGACGUUUUAUGUAUAUACUAUUUAUGGGGGAACAGAAAUUCUUUGUAGCGAAAGACCACAUCACAGAAACAUCGCAGUAGUGAGGCGUUACACCUAUAAAGAGUACAUUUAUUCCGCCUAUAAUAAUGAUUUGAAUUCAAAGCAAACUUGUUACCAGGAUGUUGUUUCUUUGCUUUGCUACAUGAGGACAUGUGCAAGCAGAAAGGCACGGAGGGGUUGGUAUUGGGAGAUCGGUGUUUGGUAUCCCAGAGGUGACCAUACCAACCCCGGGAUGCACUCCCCACAGGUUCUAUUUCCACUCUAUUUGUGUCGUGGACACUCACGAGUGGGAAUAAUCCCAGUUAGUCUGCAUGCCAACUGUCGAUCUGUCCAACGCUUGGGAUUCCGGCGUCUCUAUAGUGACCGGCGGUCUCAUGACUACAUCCCCAGAGGAGAGAGUGUAAUUUAGUGCACUGCCCUUUGUCACAGGAAGACUUUUCCCAGCCUGGCAACAGUAGUGAGCAAAAGGGCGUAUCCCUGCUUUGGAGAAAAUUUAUUUAUUUUUUAUAUUAUUAUUUUUUGAAUGGUGUUAAUGCACAAGGCUUUCUCCUGGACAGGCUACACCUAGUAGGAAAGGUAAAGAUGUGUCCACAUAUACAUCCUCAUAUUGCCCAAAUAGCUCCAUUUGGCGUGCCAUGGUUUUUGCGGCUUUUUCUUAUAAUAUGCGUCUUAACUUUUAUACCACUUCCAUUGCAACAAAACCUACUAAUCCAAAGUACAGUACUUAGGACACUAUUAUCUACUUAGCACACUAUUGGUGAAUUAAGUUUCAAAAUUCAGUAAAAAGUACUCAUGUUUGGGAAUCACUGCCCAUGGCAGAGUCUCUAAGUUGUGCCAGGCAACUCGCACCUUAUGGCACAAAAAGGAUUGAUGUAUAAGGAAACGUCUGUACACAGGAAGUGAGCAUGGUGUAUCCUGAGAGCUUGAUUCAGUAGGUGAGUCAGACUUUGAGAGUAAAGUGCUUCGGCUAGCUGCCUUUGCCCCUCGCUUUUAUCCCACUGGCUGGAGUCUGCCUAGGAGAGAGCCAAGUGCAUUAACAACAUUUGUUGGUGGUAAAUUAUUUAAAAGACAAUGUAACCUCAAAAAUAAGAUACUUUCAUAUGAGGCACCUUGUUGAAUUACCACUUCUCUCUCCCCUCAUACUACUGAGGUCUAAAAUAUUGAUCCUUUAUUCAUAACAGGUUUUAUUGAGUUUAUAGGUGUGGUGCACAUAGCAUCCUUGUUAAAUUUAGUUAUAAAGGAUUUUCAUCUUUUAUUAAGACCAAAUUAGGUAUUUACAGAGCAGCAGAUGCCCCUCCUCUGAUAUCCAUGUUACAACCUAUAGAACAUUUUAUUAAUGGUUUAAUUGGGGCCUUGCAGCCAGCCUGUUAAGGUGCUUCAGGUCCAACACCUGUAUGUUCUAAUUUGUUAGCCUAUAUGUCCUGAUGAAAAAUAUCUCUGUUCUGGUUGCUAGGAUUGAAUGGAUUUCUAGAUUAAAUUUACGAAAAACUCCAUUUACAAAAUGUCCUAUGUAACUAUAUUUGCCAAUUGUUUGUUUUAUUUUGCUGUAUGGUUGGAAAAACUUUGAAAAGACAGGUCUCUACGCAACAUAUAGUAAUCUGGAGUGGCUAACAAGUUUAUUGAGAAUAGGACAGUUUGAGGAUGCUGAAUAUUAACACAUUUUCAGAUUUAUUUGAUACAGGUUUGAAUUACCCAGUACAUACUUUAACAUAUAUACUUUGUUUCUACAUGUAGGCAGCAGAAACAUGAUUAAAAAUACAAAAAUCAAUGUAUUACCAAUGUCACUAUAUGAAGCGCAUGGAGUUUGCAUUUAUAUACGAACACUUUUUUUUUUUUUUUUUGUAAUUAACUGGUAUCAAUAAAAAUUCAUAUCCUCUUUAACCACUUCAAGACCAGUGUUUUAUACUUUCAUGGCAAGACAAAUUUUUGCUGUGUGCUUCUGGAACCGAGAAUUGGAACACCAUGUUUUAUUCUACACCGACAAAUCCUUAUGUUGGUUAUAUGAUAUCCCUUUGUUGCUGUUUUUAUCUUAAGGAAUAUUGUCUGGAAUUUGAAAAUUUUAAAAUAUGAAUGGUUUUAUGCUGAAACAAAUUGUGUAACAGUAGGUAUAUACUAAAAAAUAUAUUCAGCAAACUCUCCUGGUUAAGAGACUGCCAAAAUCAUAUGUUUUACACACAGUCUAAUGAGGAUAUCCUGCAAUAAAACUUUAAUUUUAGACUCCAAA